UCGGCCUUGACUCUUGGGGGCUGGAGGAGUUACCUUUGGAGCCCGAAAGGAGGAAGGAAGCAAAAUAUCAACAACAGCCGAGGCGACUCGGACGCUCGGCCCGGGUCCCCCGCCUGCCUGCCCGCCCCCGCGCCCACGACGGGGCCCUAGGCUCCCCGGCGCCGCCCAGGGCUCGCGCGGACGCCGGCCUCAUUUAUUAUUCCCCCCGCCCGGAGCUGCGGCUUCCAGGUGCUGAAGAUCCCCCGGACUAGGGGCGAGGGCUACCCGCUCCCAGCCGUGACACCCCCCUUCCCCCCAGUGGGGCCGGAGGCUGUGCAGAAGGUGUCCUGCAGACCAUGAACUGAGUGCUGGUCCGAGACUGUUCAUGAGCACAGUGUAAGGUGUGCCGAGACCCGCCACCCAGCGAUCCCCUCCCCUCCCCGGCACUGAGGAUACCCGGAAAAGAUGGGGAGGAAAAAGAUUCAGAUCCAGCGAAUCACCGAUGAGCGGAACCGACAGGUGACAUUCACCAAGAGGAAGUUCGGGCUGAUGAAGAAGGCGUACGAGCUGAGCGUGCUCUGUGACUGCGAGAUCGCGCUCAUCAUCUUCAACCACUCCAACAAGCUGUUCCAGUACGCCAGCACGGACAUGGACAAGGUGCUGCUCAAGUACACGGAGUACAAUGAGCCGCACGAGAGCCGCACCAACGCCGACAUCAUCGAGACCCUGAGGAAGAAGGGCUUCAACGGCUGCGACAGCCCGGAGCCCGACGGGGAGGACUCGCUGGAACAGAGCCCCCUGCUGGAGGACAAGUACCGGCGCGCCAGCGAGGAGCUCGACGGGCUCUUCCGGCGCUAUGGGUCAGCUGUCCCGGCCCCCAACUUUGCCAUGCCCGUCACGGUGCCCGUGUCCAAUCAGAGCUCACUGCAGUUCAGCAAUCCCAGCGGCUCCCUGGUCACCCCUUCCCUGGUGACGUCAUCCCUCACGGAUCCACGGCUCCUGUCCCCCCAGCAGCCAGCACUACAGAGGAACAGUGUAUCUCCCGGCCUGCCCCAGCGGCCAGCCAGCGCAGGGGCCAUGCUGGGGGGAGACCUCAACAGUGCUAACGGAGCCUGCCCCAGUCCUGUCGGGAAUGGCUACGUCAGUGCCCGGGCUUCCCCUGGCCUCCUCCCCGUGGCCAACGGCAACAGCCUAAACAAGGUCAUCCCUGCCAAGUCUCCGCCCCCACCCACCCACAGCGCCCAGCUUGGAGCCCCCAGCCGCAAGCCUGACCUGAGGGUCAUCACUUCCCAGGGAGGAAAGGGGUUAAUGCAUCAUUUGACUGAGGACCAUUUAGAUCUGAACAAUGCCCAGCGCCUUGGGGUCUCCCAGUCUACCCACUCGCUCACCACCCCAGUGGUUUCCGUGGCAACACCGAGUUUACUCAGCCAGGGCCUCCCCUUCUCUUCCAUGCCCACCGCCUACAACACAGAUUACCAGUUGACCAGUGCAGAGCUCUCCUCCUUACCGGCCUUCAGUUCGCCUGGGGGGCUGUCGCUAGGCAGUGUCACCGCCUGGCAGCAGCCGCCGCAGCCGCAGCAGCCGCCGCAGCCGCCACAGCCCCAGCCGCAGCCACAGCCCCAGCCUCCCCAGCAGCCCCAGCCGCCACCUCAGCAGCAGCCCCACCUGGUCCCCGUGUCCCUCAGCAACCUAAUCCCCGGCAGCCCCUUACCCCACGUGGGUGCUGCCCUCACGGUCACCACCCACCCCCACAUCAGCAUCAAGUCGGAACCAGUGUCCCCAAGCCGUGAGCGCAGCCCUGCGCCUCCCCCUCCAGCUGUGUUUCCGGCUACCCGCCCUGAGCCUGGCGACAGUCUCAGCAGCCCGGCUGGGGCCUCCUAUGAGACGGGGGACCGGGAUGAUGGACGGGGAGACUUCGGGCCCACACUGGGCCUGCUGCGCCCAGCCCCAGAGCCUGAGGCUGAGGGCUCAGCUGUGAAGAGGAUGCGGCUCGAUACUUGGACAUUAAAGUGACGGUUCCCACUCCCCUCCUCUCAGCCUCCCUGAUGAAGAGUUGACAAUCUCACCGCCCACCCCUCCCUGUCCUGGGCUCCUCCCGCUCGACCCCCACUUCCUUUCUUGUGCUCCGUGUCCUGUUGACGGUUACAUUUGUGUAUAAUUAUUAUUAUAUUAUUAUUAUUAUUA